CGUAUUGCUCUUACAGCCUGCACCUGGUGUACUGUGGUUUAAGGUUACAUCAUGGCAAAAGAUUUGACAGAUGAUGAACUCAUUGCCUGCUUGAAGAAAUACCAGAUCCCACAUGGGCCCAUUGUUGGAUCAACCAGGAAACUUUAUGAAAAGAAGAUCAACAAAUAUGAGAAAAAGCAUGGACAGCGACACCCUGUUCAAAGUGGUUCAGCAACCUGUACAGGAAGCACCCUGGGCAAGUUCACAGGAGGCAUGGCAGAUGAUGAACUCCUUGCCCACUUGAGAAAGUACAAGAUCCCACAUGGACCCAUUGUUGCAUCAACCCGGAAACUUUAUGAAAAUAAAAUCAAUGAAUAUGAGAAAAGGCAAGAAUAUGGGAAGCAGUCUGCAGCCAGGAGUUCAGCAGCAUGCCCAGCAUCAACCCGGAAACUUUAUGAAAAUAAAAUCAAUGAAUAUGAGAAAAGGCAAGAAUAUGGGAAGCAGUCUGCAGCCAGGAGUUCAGCAGCAUGCCCAGGAACAAACUAGGCAAGACCUCAGAGAUCCGUGAUCACAUCUCCUAUCCUAAAAGUGAUUGCAAGUGUCCCUGAAUUCAGUCAGGAUCAUGCUAUUUGGAAAGGGGGUAUUUACCCUUCUCUCUCUCUCUCCUCCCUCUCUACCCCCGCACCUUUCCCUGAUCUAACUGCUUUUCCCUCCUGUUAGUUUUCCCAUUAAAAAAAAAAACAACAACAUAUGGGUAUUUGUGUUUUCC